GAACAACCCUGCGCUGUUGAUGACAGUACAUAAAGCGUGACAUUCAGCGGAAUUAUUUUACUACAACACAAACAGAACAGAAUGAGUCAAUGUGAAUUAAAUUUGAGCCACUUUCUGUCAAAAUACCAAAACAGUAAAUAAUACACUAGAAAUGAGUAGUAUUUGGGUUUUGAUUAUGGAAAAGUGUUACGGCCCAUAAUUUUAUUGUGAAAAUUAAAAACAAUUCCAAGCGACUUCAAUUUCAAUUCAAGACUUAUUUUGUUUUAAAUGGAUAAGACGAGCGUUUCGUAAUUAGGACAAAGACAAAUGAAUAGUGAUAAGUAAAUUGAUCAAAGAUCAGAUCUUUGUUUUGUAUCGAGUAUAUUUUUUUGCGUAGUUUCUUUGAUCAUUCAAGAGCAAUUUGCUGUAUUAAUGACAUGCAAUCGAGUAGUGUGAACAUUUCCACAGACUUUGUGUCAUCGAAUUUUAAACGAAAGAAAUAGAUAAAGUGAAAAUGAAUUCGACACCAUUGGCAGGGCCUGUGGCAGUGUCAAGUGCCACCAAAAAGCAAAUUACAAAAUUUGAGCAGGCUGAACAUGUUCACCGUCAGCUGUUGUAUGAUCUGAUGUCAUCAAUUUACGAAUACAUGUUGGUAUUGACAUCUAAUGCAAAAAACAAGAGUGAAACAGCAACAACAACGUCUGACAUCGGAUUUAGAACAAGUGAACCUCAUACAAGCGCUGAUAAUAAUCGCCUUAGGCCAAAUGUUGAAUCACUUUUACUGCACAUCCUAGAAAAAAUCGAGCAAAUUUUUCUAAAUGGUCUACGUAUUUUUAAGCCUGAUAAAUCACCGGAUUUUUGGCGAUUUUUCGAGGCUCUCAAUUGGAUUAAUCCACACAUGACCGUUUCCAUUGGAAGUCAAACGUUGGGUAGCUCCAGUACGAUAAAACGCAUUCAACCCCCAAAAAGCUCACGCAUACGAAGUGACAAAGCGUUGAUGUGGAUCUAUGAAAAUUUACUAACACAUCAACUAAAAACGAAACUACAAUGUCUGUUAUCCGACAACGAACAUUUGACAAAUUGUUAUGAAGUGACGCUCGCUUUUUUCGGUAGUAAAAAAUUUGUAGAUGCCUUGAAUAUUUGUUUGGACGCAUUUGACAAAAAACAAUACGACAUUCUGUUGCAAAUUGACCAAAAUUUAUAUCUUAGCGUUAUUAAUGAAUCUCUGAAGAACUCAGCCGCCACUGUGACAACGAUGAGCGACAAAACCGUGAGCCGAAUAUUGUUAAAACAAUCCAAUGAAUUUUGUGAUAGUAAAAAUGCUAGUAAAUCUAGUUUGAAAAAAUGUGAUGGUUCUUCAUUGAAUUUGGCAAAUAAAUCACAAGCGACCAAUCGAAAAUGUCGAAACGGUCGAACACGAUGCAAACUCAAGCAUUCUAUUAGUUUGAAAUUGAGAAAAUUUGUCAGUCUGCCUGAUCUGAGCAGGGAAUCAAAAUUAGACGCUCGAAAUAUUGUGGUUCGUUCUCGAUCCCAGUCAGUACGCAUCAAGUCACAUCGCAUGAAAUUAACGGCUGAAAAUUUGAUGAUAAAUGAUCGACAAAAAACUUCUGCUCAUCCAGUCAACCAUCGAAAUGCACCGCCGAAUCGUUCCGAUCAACUGAAUGAUGCUGCCACCAAAACUGCGAUUGAUGAUUUGCAGCCCAUAAAUCUCGUGAAAUGUGAUGAUAUUAAAAUACAUACCGAUCGACGUGGCGAACUCUCAUCAAAUUCUCUAAACGAUUGCAAUGUACCCGCAAAAUCGGUUGGCCUAAUCAAAAGCAAUAAUCUAUUGCCGUACUUAAAUACGUCGCACGGUUCGUCCACCAAUUCCAAUUCACCGGGAAAAAAACUUACGUCGAACUCAGCGCCCGGUGAUUUUGCCUCAUUUUUCGCAUUUCAUUCGAACGGUGCUAAGAUCGAAAAUCGUUAUCAACGCAACACACUCUUUGACAAUAUUGAAUCGAGCACGUCAUCGCCGUUAUGCAAUCAUGAUCAGUGUGCUUUAAUUCCGAAUCGAGGUCAAAGUUUGACGUCAUACUUGCAAGAGGCACAACGAACGCGACGCAACAUCACCGAUCUUGAACGCGAAAAUGCACACUUUAAUCUUUCAGAUGCCAUUAUAUCAGCCAUAGAGGAAAUUAAAUGUGGCCGAAUGGAGCGGCAAAAGGAGAAACAAAUCAAAGCCUCCACUCAAACGAAGAGGCGAAAAUCCCAUCAGCGUCCGCUGAAAAAUUGGAUUCUGGACGACGACGAAACCUGUGAUAAAAACAAUGUAAAUGUUACUGACGAUGAUACAACCUCAUUUUUAUCGGAGGAAAUAGCAACAAUGUCACGAACUUCUUCUAGUGAAUCGGACUUAUCGCAUAUUUCGAGCAGUGGUUCUAGCACGACUAGCAAUGCUGGCGACUUGAAGCGAUUGAAGAUUUUCUCGAUAUCAUCGCACAGUAUUAACGAUCAUUCCGCGUUUGCCGAAUGGGCGGACAGCAGUAUUGAAACAUUGUCGGCUGAGGGAAUCGCAUUGAGUUUAAUUUCGAAAUUUAAAGAUUAUCAGUUGCCCCGUGCUGCUGAUUUGCUAUUGUCAAAUGCCGACAGCGAUAUGCGGACAUUGCUAGAUACUGCGUCGCAGGGAAAGCACAAAGUUCCAUACACCAGAGGAACCCCCGAAUGGGCACCACCUCGAGCUCAAAUAAUAUUUACAAGGCAUCCUGCACCAGAUCGUCGUAGCCUCCUGGAGCAGCAAAGAUAUCGAUGUGCUGGCUGUGGAAUGUAUAUCGAUUCGGCAUUUGUGUACAGUUUACGUUAUUGUGAAUAUUCGGGCAAAUAUCAUUGUACUGGUUGCCAUCGAAACCAAAUCUCUGCAAUUCCGUCUCGCGUUUUACAUCGAUGGGAUUUCUCAUGUCAUCCGGUGUCAGUAUUUUCGUAUCGUUUAUUGGAUCAAAUAUGGAAAGUUCCACUGUUCCGCGUGCCUGAUUUAAGCAAGGAAUUGUACGCCCGCGUGCGCUCACUACGCUACUGUCGAUUGCGUCGUUUGCAAUUGAAAUAUGUGCACGAUUUCAUUCAAACGUGUCGUUUUGCCGAUGACGACAAAGUUAAAAACGAAUUCGACAGCAUGCCGUCUUAUAUUUAUGAUGACAUCGAUAAUUGGUCAAUGAACGAUUUCGUGAAUGUGCGUAAUGGAACAUUUGUUAUGAAAAUCAACAACAUCAUACUAAAAGGCGAAGAACAUGUGUUCAAUUGUGAACUGUGCACUGCACAUGGAUUUAUAUGCGAGUACUGUGCUGACAAACAAGUCAUAUUUCCAUGGCAAAUAAAGGUAAUGCGAUGUGUGAAAUGUGGCUCUUGUUCCCACACUUCAUGUUCAAAAGAUCAAUGCCUUAAAUGCCAAAGACUCGAAAAGCGCAAGAAAAACUAAAAUACCUGCUUUCAAUUACUAAUUGUUCUUGAUGUAAAUAUUUUAUUGUCAUGUAUUAAAAUAAAACGAAUUAUAUUUUUGUUUUGAAAAAAAAA